AUGAGCAGUCAAAUUCAAAACAAGGCAGCUGCCGGAGUUCCUUACUUCACUCCAACCCAGGAACCGCCGGCUGGUACCCCGCUCAAGACCGAUUUGGUGCCGACUCUCUUCAAACCACUCCGUACGCGAGGUGUUGAACUUCAGAAUCGCUUUGUCGUUUCUCCCAUGUGCACCUACUCAGCUCAGGAUGGACACCUGACUGAUUUCCACCUUGUCCAUCUCGGACAAUUCGCUCUCCAAGGCGCCGGUCUUGUUUUCGUUGAGGCUACUGCUGUUGAGCCUCGUGGUCGUAUCAGUCCCGAAGACUCGGGCCUCUGGGAAGAUAGCCAGAUUAUACCUCUCAAGCGCAUCACAGACUUCAUUCACAGCCAGAAUACCAAAGCUGCAAUUCAGCUCGCACAUGCUGGCAGAAAGGCGAGCACAGUUGCACCCUGGAUCGGUGGCUCUUUGAACAAAGCACUUGCUACUAAAGAAGUCGGAGGCUGGCCCAAUGAUAUAGUCGGGCCUAGUGCUAUUAGAUUUGCUGAUGAUUUUGGAACGCCACAUGAAUUGACGAUUGAAGAGAUCAGGACCCUUGUGAAGCAAUGGCAAGAGUCUGCUAUACGAGCUGUCAAGGCUGGCUUUGAUGUAAUUGAGAUCCACGCAGCUCAUGGUUAUCUUCUGCACCAGUUUCUUUCACCUCUCACCAAUAAACGAACGGACCAGUAUGGUGGAAGCUUUGAGAACCGUACCCGCCUGCUAUUUGAGAUCACUGAAGCUAUUCGUGCCGUUGUUCCAGAGGAGUUACCUCUCUGGGUGCGCAUCUCUGCCACCGAGUGGAUGGAGUGGAACAAUGAACCAUCUUGGGACCUCGAGAGCAGUAUUCGUCUCGCCAAGCAACUCCCAUCAUUGGGAGUCGACGUUCUCGAUAUCAGCAGUGGUGGCAACUUGAAGGCGCAAAAGAUCAAGGUUCACCAGACGCUCCAAACAGACCUCGCAGGCAAGAUCCGCGAAGCAUUGCGUGCUGAUGGCAAGGUGCUUCUGAUUGGAACAGUCGGCUAUAUCACUGAUGGCCCUUUUGCUCGUUCACUAGUCGAAGAGAGCGAGGAUCCAAAGGCUGAUCUCGUGCUUGCUGCAAGACAGUUCCUUAGAGAGCCAGACUUUGUGCUCAGCGCCGCAGACCAACUGGAUGUUGAUGUCAAGUGGCCAAUUCAGUAUCAUCGGGCAACCCCAAAGAACCGUAAGCCGCACAGCAAAUAA